GACCAAGGUGCAUUAGUGCCUGGCUGACCGCCUCCCGAGCGAGUGUCGGGAAGGUUUCGUCCUUGCAGCUGGCAAAGGGUUGCGUGUCUCGAUCAUGCAGGCUUGCCUGUCUCCGACACGCCGAUGGGCAGCUAGCAGGAGGCAGCCAAGGGACGAUGAUGAGGUGGUCACCCUCAAAGAAAGGGUACGGAGGACGGAGUACAACAAAAAGAACCAGACCUCAGGCAUACGUGGAUGGAUGGAUGGAUGGUUCCUUUCUGACUAAGGAAUUCCUUCCCAUUAACUAGGUUUUCCGCUAUUCAUUCUGCCAGGUGGCUG